GCGUAGCCUGUCAGACUCGUCUCCCUGGUGACGUCGUAAAGCGCCGGGGCUGCGGCCGUAAAGCGGCUGUCAUGGCGGAGCUUCAUCCCCGCACCGGCAAGCUGGUGAUCCUGAGCAACCAGAACCGGACCGCCACCCGAAAACAGCCGGCCCAGGAGUUCAACCAAGGCCUGGUCCUGAGCGGGAGGCCGCUGUGCCCCGGAGAGGUCUUCACCGUCCGCCUGGACCGCAAGAUGAACUCAUGGAGCGGCUCUAUGGAGAUCGGCCUGACCUCACAAGACCCCUCCCUCCUGGACUUCCCCAGCAGUGCCACGGGUCUGAAGGGCGGUUCCUGGAUUGUGUCGGGGUGUUCGGUGCUGGAGGACGGGCGUUCCAUCAUGGAGGAGUACGGACAAGAUCUGGACCAAUUGGGUGAGGGGGAUCGGGUGGGAGUUCAGCGCACUCUGUCUGGAGAGCUCCACCUAUGGGUGAACGGAAGAGACUGCGGAGUCGCCGCCAGCGGGAUCCCCCCAGGAGUGUGGGCCGUGGUGGACCUGUACGGGAAAUGCACUCAGAUCACCGCCCUGUCCUGCCAGCCUCCCCCGCAUGAGAACGACGAGGAGGAGGAGGAGGAGGAAGAGGAAGAGGAGGAGAACAGUGCAGGUUCCCUGGUCUCUGCUGGACAUCCUCGUCCUGACAAGUUCCCCAGUAGUCUGGACACAGAGAACGGGUUGCCCGGCACGGAGCUCCCGGCUGUGGUCAGUAACGCCAUCUUGUCGGCUUAUCACGGGAGUCUCCUGAGCGUCAAUCUGGGGUCUCCUCCCCCUUCCGCUGACCAGUCUCCGCCCACCUCCAAUGACGCUCUUCUCUUCCAUGAGAAGUGCGGCACGCUCAUCAAGCUCAGUAACGGCAACAAGACGGCGGAGAGGAGGCGGCCUCUGGACGAGUUCAACAAUGGCGUGGUGAUGACCAACAGGCCUCUGAAGGACGGGGAGAUGUUUGAGAUCCGCAUCGAUAAGCUGGUGGAUAAAUGGUCGGGGUCCAUUGAAAUCGGGGUCACCACCCACAAUCCCAACAGCCUGGAGUACCCUGCAACCAUGACCAACCUGAGAUCAGGGACCAUCAUGAUGAGCGGCUGUGGGAUUCUGACUAACGGGAAGGGGACACGGAGGGAGUACUGCGAGUUCAGUCUGGACGAGCUACAGGAGGGCGACCACAUCGGACUCACCAGGAAAUCCAGUGGAGCUCUCCACUUCUACAUCAAUGGCAUGGACCAAGGUUUUAUUGGUGUUUGUCUUCUAGGUGUGGCCUCCUGUCAGACCCCUCCGGUGGUUUAUGGAGUUGUGGAUCUCUACGGCAUGGCUGUCAAAGUGACCAUUGUCCACAAUCACAACCACGCUGAUCGACUGCGGAGGAAUAACGCCAUUCUAAGGGCGAGAUCACCCGAUGCCGGACGCCAGAGCUCCAAUACCCCCGAUCCCGGGCAGCUGCUCUUCCACUCCAACUGUGGACAGAAGGCUUCAAUCAUCAGCGGGGGGCGCACUGCCCUGAGACCUCAUGCCACCGAUGACUUCAACCACGGGGUGGUCCUCAGUAAUCGGCCAUUGCACAACAAUGAGGUCUUCCAGGUGCGAAUAGACAAGAUGGUGGAUAAGUGGGCGGGAUCCAUUGAGAUCGGGGUCACCACCCAUAACCCAGCCUACCUACAGCUGCCGUCCACCAUGACCAACCUCCGAUCAGGUACCUGGAUGAUGACCGGAAAUGGAGUCAUGCACAAUGGGACCACCAUUCUGGAUGAAUACGGCCACAACCUGGACCGGCUCAAGGCAGGUGACACAGUCGGAGUGGUGCGCAGAGAAGAUGGUACUUUGAAUUUCUUUGUCAAUGGAGUGGCGCAGGGCGUGGCAGCGUGGAACGUCCCACCUAAUGUCUUCGCUGUGGUGGAUCUCUACGGUCAGGCAGCACAGGCCACAAUACUGGAUGAAUCGGAUGCUCUUCCUCUGGCGGGAGAAGAAGAAGACGUCCUCGCUCUGACCCCGGGAACUCCUUGCGCUCUCCAGUCUCUGUCUGACCUGCGCUUCCAUCACCUCCAUGGUAGUAAUGCCCUGAUCACCAACGGGGGGCGCACCGCCCUGAGGAACAAUUCUCGCAGUGAAUUCAAUGACGCCAUUGUCAUGUCUAAUAGGCCUUUGAAGGACGGGGAACUCUUUGAGAUUGUUAUACAGAAGAUGGUGGAUCGUUGGUCGGGAUCUAUAGAGGCAGGAGUGACUUGUAUUCGCCCUGAGGAUUUGGAAUUUCCCAACACCAUGACUGACAUUGACUACGACACAUGGAUGCUGAGUGGCACAGCCAUCAUGCAGGAUGGCAACACUCUGAGGACCAACUAUGGAUGUGAUCUGGAUUCUUUGGGAUCGGCGUCCCGUAUCGGAAUGAUGAAGACGACCAGGGGAGACCUUCACUAUUAUAUUGAUGGUGUGGACCAGGGCGUGGCCUGUACAGGACUUCCUUCUGAAAGGGAUAUCUUUGCUGUGGUGGACCUGUAUGGACAGUGUGUCCAGGUGUCCCUGACUGGCGGUAGCGGUCUUAUUGAUAACAGCUUAUCGGCCAGUCACGUGACAGAUAAAUCCUUCCCUACUCCUUCACCAGUGCCCAGCGUGUCGCACCGGUUCCAUAUUAUGUGCGGGAAGAACGUGACGGUGUUAUGUGAUGGGAGUCGGGCGGAGAGAUGUGCCGGAUAUGGCGAUGGGAUCGUCUUCAGCAAUCAUGAACUCCUCCCUGGUGAGGUGUUUGAGGUGAAAGUGGAAAGGCUGGAUCCGCGCUGGUCAGGAUCCUGCUCCGUGGGGGUCACCUCCAUCCCUCCUCAUGAUGCCCCCUUCCUGGGUGGUGGGCUACCAACAAGGGCUCUAGAUCUUCGCUCGCGGGUCACGUGGCUGGUCUCCGGGUCUGAGGUUUUGAGGAACGGACAGCGGCUCAGAGACAACUACUGCAGCAGCCUGGAGAGGAUCCGGGUUGGCUGCAGGCUGGGAGUACGGCAUGACAGCGGUGACACAAUGCAUAUUCUAAUCAAUGGAGAGGACAUGGGACCAGCAGCCAGUGGCAUUCCAAAGGGUGUCCAUGCUGUCCUGGAUUUGCACGGCUGUGUUAGCGCUGUAUCCGUCGUCAGUUCCUCGGUCAUAGAGGAAUCCGAUGCCACCAAACCACCGUCUGUUACAUCUGAGAGUGAAGAGGAGGAGGACGUUGAGCAUCAUAGUGACCCUGUCCCGGCCCUCCAGCCCCACUCCUUACAUUUUAUGGGGAAUCAUGGGAAGAACAUACUACUGUCACAUGGGAACCGAACGGCGGCACGUGUGUCCAGCUACAACCAAGGCAUCGUGGUCCUGGCCCAGCCUCUUCCUCGUCUCUUCCUCUUCCAGGUGCGGAUAGACCAGCUCUCCUCGCGGUGGACAUCUUCACUCUCCUUGGGAGUCGUCGGCGUUUCACCGGAGAGGCUCAACUUCCCAGCUACAGCCGCCGCCAUCAAGAGGAGCGCCUGGAUCUUCCAGCGCAGCGCCGUCCUCUGCAACGGAACCAAGAUCCGGGAAGGUUAUGGACCCAAUCUUGACCUGUGUCCGGAGGGGACGUGCCUGGGCCUCCUGGUGGACUCCUCAGGUGGGCUGCACCUCUAUAUCAAUGGAUUGGAUCAGGGGGUCGGAGUCCCGGACCUACCAGAGCUGUCUUACGUCAUAGUGGACCUGUACGGGCAGUGCGAGCAGAUCUCCAUAGUGACGGGGGAGGCGCAGGGGGCGGAGUCUGAUACUCACGAAGGCCAUCUUCCUGGAGAGCGGGAGAAGGCGGACAUGGUGGACGGAGUGAAGGAAAGUCUAUGCUGGGCCCCUCCGGAUCCCCUCACCCUGCUGAGCUGUGAAUACCUCGCUCUGUGUAUGAGGUUCAAGGAGUUUCUACUGCUUCCAGAUGGAUAUUUCAUGGAGGACCCCAAACUGAGCGUCUGUCACUGCGACUCGUGUCACAAACUGCGAGGAGACGAGAUGUACCGCAAACGUGGCGACCCACCCCGGGAAUACGCAGAGCCCAAUGGCUGGUGCAGCUUCCCGCUCCGGCUCAGUCCUCGGCUCUCCUGUACACAGUAUAAGAAGUGGCAUAUCGCCUACCAGGGCAGUAGUGCGGGAGGAGUUCGCCGGACGCUGGACCGAGGGGAACUGUUGCCAGGCUCCUCUUGUAUCCUCACCACCGUGCCCAUGAAGUCCGAUCCUCAGAAUGGUUUCCCAGCCUCUGAGCCCAACGUCUUACAGAGCCGCGAGGUGCAGAGCGUUGUAUUGUCUCCAACCCUGCGAUACGCCGGCCUGCCCGACUUCUGCCCUAAAGUACAAUUCCGGGACCCGCGCUCUCAGCGUGUAUUCGGGGCCCAGGUGGCUCUACAAAUUUGUGUACGGCCGGGAUCUUACAAGAUGGGCCCCCCUUCCUCGGGGGCUUCAGAACUCCUGGAUCCCAGAAUUCCCAGCUCUGAGGUGGAGUGGAUCACGAAGGAAAAGGGGGCCACCAUUUUGAGGGGUCUUCUGGUGCGAGUUGAAUAAACUUUGAACUUCUGUUCCGCUAACAGCACAGGAGGACAGCGGACAGGAAUCUGUGCCACAUCGGGGGAGUCUGUUACACAUCCUCAGUGACCCCUCUGCUCCUCCCCCUUUCUGAACUUUCUCUGCUCCUCCCCCUUUCUGAACUUUCUCUGCCCCUCCCCCUUUCUGA